CCUCAAAGUUUUUUCGUGUUCGGUAAAAAAAGGCUUCGCUCGCGUUCCGGCAUUAAUUACGUGUCCUUUAAUUCGAUUUUUUUUCCAAAAGGAAAAUGAAAUUCACUACCGGAAAGUCGUGGUCAGCUUUGCUUCUGUUGGCUCUGACGGUUUUGUGUGUUAGUUUGGUUUCCGCCGAAGAGAAAAAGCUCAAAAUUGGGGUUAAAAAGAGGGUGGAAAAUUGUACCGUCCGCACCAAGAAGGGCGAUCUGGUGCACAUGCACUACACGGGAACCCUUGAAGAUGGAACCGAAUUUGAUAGUAGUAUCCCGCGGGGAGAUCCGCUGACUUUCACCUUGGGCAUGGGCCAGGUAAUUAAGGGAUGGGACCAGGGACUGUUAAACAUGUGCGAAGGAGAGAAACGCAAGCUUGUGAUCCCCCCGGAACUGGGCUACGGAGAGCGUGGAGCCGGAGAAAAGAUUCCCCCCAACUCGGUCCUCAUCUUCGAGGUCGAGCUGGUCAAGAUCGAGCGCAAGACGGAACUGUGAGAAUCGUAUUACCCAUAAGUAAGCAGUAAGUAAAGUUGCCAUCAUUUCGCUAAUCGAAAAUAAAUAUAUUUCAAAUCGUCGGAAUCACAAA